AUGAGCUACCUCUCACCACUGCCCCACUACCCGACUCCAAGACUUUCACGAGCUCGUUCCUACGUGCACGUACCAGCACCGUUCCCAUUUGACGACGAACUAUGGGACCCCCGCCACCGCCUCCUCCACCCCCUCCACUCUUAUCCGAAAUUCAUGAAGAACAUUCAUACAGUAUAUUCUGUGCGAACUUUCAGACUAAUGUCAACGAUAUUACCAUCUGGCGGGUGGAAGGCAACGCAGACACAGCGACGUAACAACAAUUCCACACCUACGUCGUCCGAUAAAGCCCGUCCCGCUGUGGACAGUGCGGCACUACAGCACGCAGCCGCUCGCUUGCGCAAGACCGGCUACUACGAACAGAUACGAGGUGACGUCCCGAAUCUAUCCGAUGGACGAGUGGACGGAUCGCAUCAACGAUUGCCUGACGGAAAUCGGCCGUACGGCUCGCAGCUCAAUCAGCUGGAACGCGAUCCGCCCAGAGAACAGGUUUAUGCUGCGCCCACUCAUUCCUACCACACUGAUUCGAUCGGCAACGUACGUGGAAAUUCCAAUUCGAGCGUAAUCACUCAUAACGCGGCAGUCGAACCGGUGUUGCCAUCCAGCUUUGAUGCCGUGCCGAAAAAUCUAUACCAAACUUUCAAUAAUCCCUCUUCUAAAGCAUUUAUCGAAAACAAGCUUGAACUGCCACCGCCACAGAGAAACGUCCUCAAUCCAGCUUCCCCUCGACCUUAUACCCCUCCCGUCACUCAGUACGAGAACCAGUCAUACCAUACAACAUCUUAUAUACAGGAACCCAUAGCGUAUGCCCCACCUCAUCAUGACCCAAAACCGUACGCACCACGUCCAUGGAGUCCACGAUCACAUUCGGCACAACACUCCACUAUACCAUACAACGAGAACAGUACCUAUAACUAUCAGACCUACACUAAAGAGACUACCAGACGUGAAGAACAGCAGAAAACUCGUCCAUCGACGGUGCAAUGGGAGACGCCAUGUGUGCGAUCUUCGUCGCCGAUUCUCGAUCCACAUGCUCGUAUCCGAGAAUUCGCGACCAACACCUAUAUCCAGCCAGAACCACCAAGAAGUCAAGAGUACGUGCAUACAGUUCGACGUGAGACUCACUCGACUCGCAAUGCUCCGAACGAUUUUGCAACGACUCUUCGAAAUCAAGGUGUGGUUUUCUUUCAAGCUUGUCCAUGGAAAAAAAGCAAAGAAAUGGCAGUGAAAUAUCGUACAGCUUCU